AAGAAAAGAAAAAAAUAAUAAUUAAGAAUAGUUGAAAAAAAAUUAUUUGAACUUGGACUCAAUGGCCCAAAGAAAAAAAAGUGAGAAUUGAAUCUGAUUUUUUAAUAGACCCAAAUGGCCCAAGAAAGAUUUGAUGUGGGAUAGAUCCAAAAAUAAUGAUCCAAUAUAGAUUUUUAUUAAUAUUACUUAAUUGCCCUUAAUGAAACAUGCAAUGUUAUUGAAGGAAAUGACAGACUAAAGUAAUUAUUACAAUAGGAUACUGCUUUAAUAGUAUAGAUAUUCUGAUCAACUAUUUGCGGGAACGUCAACGGCUAGUCACAUGUAUUCAUUCAAUAUUUAAUUUCUCGUGUAUGGCGGGAUACAAAAUAUACGAAGAAAUAGGUCGACCUGAACUUCCUGUGGUUCUAUAAAUACCCAUACAACUUCCCAAUAUGAAUCACUGCACCAAUCAAUACUUUAUAAACAGGUAAGUUCUCUCAACAUCUCUCUCCCAUAUAUAUGAUUCUUUUUGUAUAUGACUUACCUAUAUUGGUAACUACAGGUUGUAAUAUUCGCAAGAUUGAUCAAGCGCAAGCAAAAGAGAUGGCCCAAAAGCUGGACGCAAAGGGUGGUAAGCAAGGAAAUGCAUGGGAUGAUGGCGUUCACGAAAAUGUUAGAAAAGUAUAUUUAGGGAAAGGCCCGGAUUGUAUAGCCUUCGUCAAGUUUGAGUAUGUUGAUGGUACUAACGUGGUUAUUGGAGAUGAACAUGGAGAAAAAACACAAGAAGUUGAGGAGUUUGUGGUUGAUGUCGACGACUACAUCGUUUACGUAGAAGCUUUCCGUGAGACAGCAACUCAAGAGACCAUUGUGGAUCUCAAGUUCGAGACUUGCAAAGGCAAAACCAAUAAGCACUUCACGACGAGUCCGGGGGUAAAGUUUGUUCUACAAGGUGGCAAAAUCGUUGGGUUUCACGGGCGUUCGACCAAUGUUCUACACGCCCUUGGAGCCUAUGUUUCUGACCCAAUAUCCACUUUUCAAUUGCAUGGAAAGUGGACAAAGGUGGAGCAAAAAGGAAAGGCCCCAGGGCUAAGAUGCUCACAUGCCAUAGCACAAGUAGGAAACAAGAUUUACUCCUUUGGUGGCGAGUUCACACCAAAUGUGCCUAUUGACAAAGACCUUUACGUCUUUGACCUCAAGACCGGGAAAUAGUCCAUUGCUCCAGCCACGGGAGACAUUCCACACCUCUCCUGCUUAGGCGUCCGAAUGGUGUCAGUUGGAACAAACCUUUAUGUCUUUGGUGGCCGAGACGCGGUCCGCAAAUACAACGCUUUCUACUCUUAUGACACGACCAAAAACGUGUGGAAACUGCUAACUCCUUUGGAAGAAGGACCCACUCCUCGUAGCUUCCACUCUAUGGCAGCCGAUGAUAAAAACGUUUAUGUUUUCGGUGGAGUGAGUUCUACGACGCGGGUCAAGACCCUGGACGUUUACAACAUCGCUGAUAAGAAGUGGAAGCCGUGUGCGACCCCAGGAGAAGCUUUUAGCAUAAGAGGAGGAUCCGGACUCGAAGUGGUGAAUGGGAAGGUUUGGGUGGUGUACGGAUUCAACAACUACGAAAUUGAUGAUAUUUAUUGCUACAAUCCUAUUGGGGACAAGUGGACACAAGUGGAAACAACCGGUGAGCAGCCUUCAGGGAGGAGUGUGUUCGCUAGUGCAGUUGUUGGAAAAUACAUUGUGAUUUUUGGAGGUGAGGUUGAUAUGGACCCAGAAGCUCACGUGGGUCCGGGACAAUUGAUGGAUGGGACUUUUGCGUUGGAUACAGAGACGUUGAAAUGGGAGAGGUUGGAUAAGCUAGGUGAAGAGAAGGAGGUGGAGGGGACAACGAGUGGGUCAUCGGGACUAUCAAUACAUAUUGGGAUCCCAAUCCUAAUAGAUGUAGAUGUUUCGAUCGGAAACCCUUUUGGGGGCCACAAGGAUAAAAAGAAAGAAGAGAAGCAGGUGACUCCAGAGAUCAGGGGAUGGACAGCUUCCACGAGUGCGACAAUUAAUGGUAAGAAAGGGCUCCUGAUGCAUGGUGGCAAAGCUCAGACCAAUGACCGUUUUGAUGAUCUCUACUUUUACGAAUUUCAAUAAGGGAGGUCAUGGUACCAUAUGAUCUUUCAUCAGCUUUCCGUUUUCUUUUUCUUAUUUUUUUUCUGUAUGUUUCAGUUGUGUGUGAUUCAAUAAGGGAAGGUCGUGAUAUGUAAGAUCCUUCAUUUGCUUUCCGCUUUCUUUUUCUGUAUGUUUGUAAUGUUUCCUUUUUAAUGAAUAAAUUGCCCGUUUUCUGGA